UGCAGAAGUUUGACAGCUCAGCGCAAGAAGCUGUCAGCCCGUCGGCACAAAGCUGAGCCAUACACCUGAUCGCAUUUAGUGUCUGGGGAAACAUUUCUUGGAGGAUAAACGAACACCCGAGGAUAUUGUAAUGCUUAACUGUCACCAAAGGCGAGACUGAAGUCCUGAAGUUUGUAGGCUAUCGUAUUUUAUUAAUUUUCCGGAUCAUUGAGAAUUUCUACUUAUUUUGAAAAGGGAUUACCAAAAUGUCGAGAGACCCCGACGAAGUUAACAAACUCACCGAGAGUACCUACAAGAAUGUUAUGGAACAGUUCAACCCGGGUCUCCGGAACCUCACCAACCUUGGCAAGAGCUAUGAGAAAUCGGUGACAGCGAUGACCCAGGCUGGGAGGCUCUACUUUGAUGCUGUCUCAAAGAUCGGGGAGAAUGCAGCCAUAUCGCCAGUGUCCAGAGAGCUCGGGGUGGUGCUGAUGGAGAUAUCAGAGGUCCAUAAAAAGGUUUACCUCGAGCUGGAGGAAAAUUUUAAAAAGUUCCACAAAGAGAUCAUUGAAGAACUGGAGAGGAAGACAGAGAUGGAUGUGAAAUACAUGACGGCCACGUUCAAGCGCUACCAGAUAGAGCACAAGAUGAAGCAGGACUCUUUGGACCGCUCGCACUCCGACCUCAAGAAGCUCCGCCGCAAGAGCCAGGGCAAGAACGCAUCCAAGUACGAGAACAAGGAGACUGAGUGCCUGGAGACACUUACCCAGAGGCAGGUGGACAUGCAGCGGUUCAUAGCCGACGGCUGCAGGGAGGCCUUGCUGGAGGAGAAGAGGCGCUUCUGCUUCCUCGUGGACAAGCACUGCAUCUUCUCCGACCACUUCGCAGGCUUCCACGAAAAGUCGAGGGAGAUGCUCACGCUGAAGCUGCCCACCUGGCAGGACAAGUGCAGCGACGCCACCAACAUGCCGGACAGCAUCGUGUCCAUGAUCGAGGGCGUGCGCACACCUGUGGCCAUGACCCCCCAGCCCUCGCCCAUGACCCAGCGCCACAGCAGGAAUAACUCAGACGUGAUGGUUCCACCACCAGCACCGGUGCUGAAGGCCCAGACCAGUCCACUGGUCAACAUGUUCAGCCAGGAGACGAGCAGACCACAACACACCAAUGAUCAUGGCGGCGAGGAGAACGGCGGUCUGCAGCGGGCCGUGUCCGUGUCGUCGGGCCUCAACAACAUGGUCAAGCGGCCGCGCGUGCGCACCAUCUUCCCCCACACGUCCAGCAACAACAGCACGCUGCUCUGCUUCGACGAGGGCGACAUCAUCACGCUGCUCAUCCCGCAGGAGAGGGACGGCUGGCUGUACGGGGAGCUGGAGAACACCAAACAGAGGGGUUGGUUUCCGAGCUCUUACUGCCAGGCUUACACUGAACCUGCGGCCAAUAACAGUGUGUUCCAUCCACCGACGCGCAGCAAAAGUGUGGCCAACCUGAUGCAGCAGCAGCAGCAGGAGGAUGAGCAGGAGGCUGAGCACGAGUACGCUCCAGUGGUCCUCCCCCCGCCCGACUACAGCGACUCCCCCACCAGGACUCAGCUGGGCCCGGCCCAGAACUCCCACGCGACUCCGCAGGCCGCGCCGCACGCCGCCCAGAACUCCCACAGCGCUCCCAACUCCGCUCCGAACACGGUGCACAGAAUGAAUGGAAUCUCAAGACCACCUUUCCUUGCAGGAGGAGGGAACCCAUUUGCUACUGUCCGCCUGCGGCCCACCGUCACCAAUGACAGAUCGGCCCCCCACAUCUGAGUGGAGCCCAGAGACUCAAGCACGACGCAGGGACUGAUUUGGACCGAUUCGGACGUCUGUGGAGAGAGGCGAUGUCAAAGAUGUCAAGUUUUGUGUUCAUUUGUAUUGUUUAGAGUAGACAAUGUAACUGCUGUAUACAAUCGGUCUGGCACUGUGAGCGGAGUAUAUUAGUACAUUUAUUUAUGUAACUUUUAAAGAGAUACAGUAUAUGUAUAUUUUGCAAAUCUUUUUGAACAUCAGUUCUGACAUUGCCACUAGUGAUACAGGCAAUGUAUGCAACAAAAGCAAGUUGACACAUAUCUAAAAUUGUACAUUCCCUCUCUAUGUAGAUAGAUUUGACCUGUACCUUGUUGAAGUUGAGUAACUGUUAAGGAUAUAAUGUUGCCAUAGGACAAAUACUGAAUGUAUACUGUAUGUGGGGCUGACAUUGAAUGAAUGGCCCUCUGAUAGUGUUGCUAGUGUUGUUUUGAUUAUGUGCUUUUUCUGUUGACAAACGAUAUUUUAAAUACCUACUGAUAUCUAUGAUGCACACAUGGGCUCGAGAUGGAGAGGCAUAUAAUAUGAGCACACUGUAGCAAAUCCUCUACUCUGUGUGCAGCAGGAAUGUAUGUGUGUGUUGGAAGCGAAGGUAGGACUGGGACACAAAGCCAUCGCAGUUCACAGUCGUGACUUGUGACAUAUGAUGCUGAAUGAAGAGACUGGGCAGGCCUGGUUGUCUGAAAUGACUGAGGCGGCUUUUGUGAGACUUGAGCUCAUCCCUUUCACCCAGGAUAGAUUAGGGGAUCUACUGAACUUCUCUCAUGGAAGCACACACAGUAGCAGAUAUAUACAAUAGAGCCAUGCUUUGUAAAUGUGUUCUCUGCAGCAUGGACUUCAUUUAAGUGUUUCUUUACUUUCAACAGCACUUGUAGUUUCUGUGCCAUGGCCCAGCUAUUCAAGUACUGUCUGCAUACAUACGGUUCCAGACAAAGAUGUUAGACCUACUGUACUACACUCAGCCAGUCCUUCAGUUUAUUAGGUGUUUUGGCCUACUGUGGAUACUUUUGAAUGUGUAGGGCAAGAUUUGAUCCACAUCUUUCAGUUUAUUAGGUGUUUUUGCUUACUGUGGAUACUUUUGGAUGUGUACGGCUAGAUUUGAUCCACAGUGUGAAGAGCACUUUUGCCUUAACCUCUACUGUACUUCACCCCUGUAUUUUCGUCCACCCGAAAGACGUGUUGUGCAGGUGCAAAGUUAACACUGUGUUUCUCCCUUCAUUACAUUUGACUGCCAUUUCAACUCGGCACUUCAGGGAAGCCAUUCAGAGGCCUAGUGCAAAGCUUCUUUUGAUUUUCUCUUGCUGCUGUUUAUCAUGUGACGUUAGGUUGCAUGCUUGCUCUAUCAAGACACAAAUAAAUGUUUUAUUUCUGCAAAGGUG